AUGUUGAGAGCUAAUAAAACGAGAGCAUCUAAGGCGAAGAGCCCAUAUGCCCGACCACCGGCAAGGACAUUCCUUGAUCAUAGUGUAGUAGUUACCACAGUGACCACCCAGGCUUCCACAUCGUCCUUUGACCCUAUCAUUCCCACGUCAAUCGCCAGUCUUACUUCAGAGGCAGCUACCUCAGUUUCAGGAAGAAGUUACAUAGUCAGCCAUGGAUCGCUAGCCCAAUCAGUACCCCUGCAGCCUGUUUAUGAUAUCGCAGAUGCCCCAACCCCUGCUUUACAGUCUGUACCCACCCAGCAGGCAGUGGAGCCAAAGUUACAUGUACCAGCAGCUAGCACUGCAUCAGGGAGCAUUGCAAAUUAUGGAUGUGAAGUGUGGGGUGCUCAUUCAGCUCCUGAUAUCGAAAAAGUUCACAUGGAUGUUUGUAAAAGCAUACUGGGUGUGAAAAGUGCUACUCCUAAUGCCACAAGUAGUGAGAAAGCUAUGACCCCCAUUGCCAGAUGGAUAUCGGCUUAUCUGGAAGAAAUGUCCAAGGAACAGGAGAGACCUUGCCUUGCAAUAGACCGUGAGGACUUAAUAAGAGCAGAGGAAUGGAGGCGAGAAAUCAUCGAAGAAAUCUCCAUGAAGAUAGAGCAGAUUCAGGAUGCUGGUCUUGGAGAAUUCAAACUGAGAGAUCUGAACGAUGAGAUUAACACACUUCUCCUUGAGAGGGGGUAUUGGGAUGAACAGAUCAAGGUUCUGGGGGGACCUGACUACGAGGAAAUUGGAUCCAAUACAAUGGAACAUGAAGGGAAAGAAGUACCCGGAAACAAGGGAUAUAAAUAUUUUGGUGCCACUAAAGAUCUGCCUAGCGUCAGGGAAUUAUUUCAACAAGAAGCACCCCCUCCUCUCAAGAAGAGACUACUCAGGUUGAUGAAUGACGUAGAUGCUGAUUGCUAUGGUUGCAAGGAUGAAGGUGAUGGUCUCAUUGUUUCCUUGGAAGAAGAGAUGGAGGAAAGAGUAAUGGUCCAGAAUGGUGAAGAAUUGGAAGAAAGAGAAGACGACAUUGCUCGAGGAGACGUCCCUGAGGACACAGAAAUGGAGGAGGGAGAAGAGGUGGAGGAAAAGGAGGAGGAAGUGAAAGAGGAGGAGGAAGUGAAAGAGGAGGAGGAAGUGAAAGAGGUGGAGGAGGAGGAGGAGGAACCAUUAUAUCAGGAUGCAUGCAUUUGUUAA